AAAGAAGAAUCCAUGCCGCAGGGGAGACCAUGAUAGAUAACCUUGCCCUCCGAAAGAAAGAGAUCUUCCAACUUUAGGAAUAACUACUCUAGAGACCCACUAAACUACGCCAAACUUACCUAAGUCUUUUCAUUAUUUAGGGUAAGGAUCCCAACUCUUGUUUGUUGUUUCCUAGCCCGCCAGCAGCGAAGUCGGUUGCUGUAUCUAACGUAGUAUUUUCCUCUCUUCGCAUGCGACGUAGCAGAUAUCUGCCCUUGUCCUUUUCUCCAAUCAGACAACUGCCGAGUGAUGGAACUUUCCAUGCCAUGGCACUUUGACUGCCGUUAUAUGCUCCGUGGCGUCAUCGUCUCGUGGAUGUUACCGUGCGCUAAGCAUAACCUCUCGGUACUUAACAGUCGCAUCGGCCAGCUUCAAUCCACCCUCAAUCUAAAGACCUUUACUCAUUCCAUAACCUACAAAACCAAAACAGGAAAAUGGGCAGCCUCGAUAACUCCAUUCCUCCAUUCCCAGAUGAUCUGCCAAUAGUGCCCAUCGCCCGGAUCUCAUACUCCAAGCUCAAGAACUUGGACAAAGAUGAGGUGAUAAAGGUGCUCAAAGCUUCUCAAUCAGACGGAUUCUUCUAUCUUGACCUCACCGAUGACUCUGCCGGACAAGCUCUUCUGAACGACACUGAAGAUAUCCUCGCUAUAUCGAAACGCGCUCUCAACAUCCCUCUAGACAAAAAGAUGGAAUGCGUCGCAGAGCAGGGCAAAGAAAUGUUCGGCUACAAACCCGCCGGGGCAGUUAAGCAGACUGAUAAAGAUGCACGACCCGAUACAACUGAGUUCUUCAACGUGAGCAAAGAUCACUUGUUGGGAAACUCUGAGGCACGAAAGUAUCCUGCAGAGAUAACCGAUCGAUGGACAGACUUGGGCAAAUAUGCUGAAAACUGUCACUCUUUGGGUCUUAUGAUCCUUCGCAUUUUGGCGCAACAACUCGACCUACCAUCCGAUGAGUUUGCCAAGAGAAACAAGAUCUCUUCACUUUCUGGAGAUCAUAUCAGAAUGACCAAAAUGCCAGGUUGCGACGCUGCAGAUGGUAAUAGAAUUGGUCUUGCCUCCCAUACAGACUUUGGUAGCAUCACCGUGUUGUUCAAUUGGGUCGGUGGUCUGCAGAUUCAAUCUCACGACCCAGCAAAACAGGGAGAAUGGGCAUUUGUGAGGCCAUUACCCGGACACGCUAUUAUCAAUCUUGGCGAUGCGAUGGUCAAGUUCAGUAAUGGACGUCUCAAGUCGGGAAAGCAUCGCGUGGUGCCGUUACCAGGACCGCAAGGACGACUCGAUCGGUACAGUUUGGUGUAUUUCGUUAGACCGGCUGAUGAUGUGUUGAUGGAGCCGGUUGAGCAGUACAAGGAUGAACCCGUAGUUGCUGUUGGUGGGAAGGUUGGCGAAGAAAGGGUUUAUACUGCUGGGGAGUGGUUGUCACGUAGGUUGAAACAGAUGUCAAAGUAAAAUAGCUCGGUUCAGUUGAGGAGACUUUUGGGAGUUCCGAAUGAUCCGUAAUAUCCGAAGUGUUCUUUCCCCACCGAUACUGUAUCAUGAAAGUAUGUAUCAAAAUACCACUCUCAAAAACACA